AUGAAUUCUGACAACAUCAACCUUUCAAAAAUAGACUUUUCUCAUGAAGAUCUUAAGCCAGACACACUUAUAUGGAAUCAAGUGAAAAGUCAAGUCCACAAAGCACUUGUAGUAUAUGGUUGUUUUGAAGCUUUCUUUAAUAAAAUUCCAAUACACCUUAAAAAAUUCAUUUUUGAAUUCUCACAAGAGAUUUUUGAUCUCCCUUUAGAAGCCAAACUUAAAAACAUUUCAACCAAACCCUUUCAUGGCUAUGUGGGACAAUACCAUCCUAUUCCACUCUUUGAAAGCACGGGCAUUGAUGAUUCUAACAUCCCUCAUAAAGCUGAAAAGUUCACUCAAAUUUUAUGGCCCCAAGGAAAUCCUUCUUUUUGUAAAAUUAUUCAGUCAUACUCAGAGCAAUUAUCAGAGUUAGACCAAACAAUAAGGAGGAUGAUUGUGGAGAGUUUAGGGCUGGAAAAGUACAUGGAUGAGCAUAUGAAUUCAACAAACUACUUGCUUCGAUUGAUCAAGUAUAAAACACCUCAAAACAGUGAGACUGAAAUGGGACUAAGGGCUCACACAGACACGAAAAUUCUUACAAUACUAUACCAAAAUCAUGUAAAUGGUCUUCAACUUUUGACCAAAGAUAAACAGUGGAAAAAUAUUAAUCCUACACCAGGCACUUUUACUAUCAUAAUUGGAGAUUCACUACAUGCCUGGACAAAUGGUAGGAUACAUGCACCUUAUCAUAGAGUGUUGAUUAGAGGAAAUGAGAGAAGGUACUCAAUUGGUUUGUUUUCAACACCUAAAGAUGGAUAUACGAUAACGACACCCAAAGAGCUGAUAAAUGAAGACCAUCCUUUACUCUUUAAGCCACAUAAACAUCUUGAGUUUCUUACUUUUAGAUACACUGAAGAAGGCAUGCAAUGUGAAUCUGCUUUGAAGACCUAUUGUGGUGUCUGA